CCUUCAAUUAAUAUAACUAAGCUUUAAAGAAGAAGAAAAAUGAUGGGUUCUAAGGCUUUUCUAUUUCUUGGCAUUUUUUUGGCUAUUUUUGCAAUGAUAAGCUCUGAGACCAUAAUGAAAUCGGAUGACAAAAAUGAUGAACACCACGAUGGAUAUAAUAGCAUUGGUGGAUAUUCUGGUGAUGGACGUGGUGAAUAUAAUAAAGGAUAUAAGCCUCGAGAUGGUGGAAAUAAACCUCCACACGAGGGAUACAACCCUCCAAGUGGAGAAUACAAUUCUCCACAUGACAAAUAUAAGUCUCCGCGUGAUGAAUAUAAAUCUCCUAGUAACGAUUACAAAUCUCCAAGUGACAAAUAUAACCCUCCACGUGACAAAUAUAAACCUCCUAGUGAUGAAUACAAACCUCCAGGUGACAAAUAUAACCCCCCACAUGAUAAAUAUAAAUCCCCUAGUGACGAAUACAAACCUCCUAGUGACAAAUAUAAACCUCCUAGUAACGAAUACAAACCUCCAGGUGACAAGUAUAACUCCCCACAUGAUAAAUAUAAACCCCCUAGUGAUGAGUACAAACCUCCAAGUGACAAAUAUAACUCCCCACAUGACAAGUACAAAUCCCCUAGUGACAAAUACAAACCUCCAGGUGACAAAUAUAACCCUUCACGUGACAAAUAUAAACCUCCUAGUUAUGAAUAUAAACCUCCAGGUGACAAAUAUAACUCUCCACAUGAUAAAUAUAAACCUCCUAGUGACGAAUACAAACCCCCUCGUGAUGAAUACAAACCUCCAAGUGACAAGUAUGACUCCCCAAAUGACAAAUAUAAAUCCCCUAGUGACGAAUACAAACCUUCAGGUGACAAAUAUAACCAUCCAUAUGAUAAAUAUAAAUCCCCUAAGGAUGAAUACAAAUCUCCAGAUGACAAAUAUAAUUCCCCACAUGAUAAAUAUAAAUCUCCUAAUGACGAAUACAAAACUACAAGUGGUGUAUAUAACCCUCCAAAUGGUGGCCAUGAAUAAGUGCUUUGCCAAUUGUCUCACAACAUAUCAUGUAAUAUUAUAAAACCGUUGUAUGUAAUGGCAAGAUGUAUAAUAUAGUAAUAGUCUUGCUACUCUAAUCCUUGCUAUAAAAAUCGCAUGAAUAAAACGACAAUCAGUUCAUAUAUAUGUUUGGUUAUUUCUGUAAUAUUUUGUUGUACAAUAUAACACAAUAUUUUGUGAUAGUA